AGCGCGGCUGGGGGCAGCCAGCCCCCCAGCACUCUCGGUCUCGCCAGAGGAAUUGAGCAAACCCGGGCGUUGCGAAAGGUGGAAAUCCCGCUCUGACGGCGCUUCCUUCCAGCAGCUCUUGAAAACCCGCCGCGCCACCGCCGGGCUCAGAGCACGCCCCAGCGACGCUGCGGACAGGACAGGCAGGAGCAGGCAGGAGCAGGCAGCCCGGUACCGCGGCACUCGACAGGCACCAGCAGGUCUCUGCCCGGGUUUCUGCAGUCAGCGGCAGUGAUGGCGUUCGUCCCCGAUUUGGACACACUGGAGAGCAGCAGCCUGAACGAGGAGACGUUUUAUGGUCCCGACUGCCUCUGCCUGCAGAAGAAACACCAGCUGGACUCAGAGGUGACAUCGCCCGGGGUGGACAUCCAGCUGAUGGUGACCAACGGACACCCUGUCAGGACCUUUCGCCGAGCUGCCAUCCUUGUGGUGGCCAUGACCAAGCUCCUGAAGCGGCCGGCGCACAAGGACUUUGCCGACAGUGACCUUGGGGACUUCCUGGAUGAUCUUUUCGAGCCUGUCUCCUUCCAGCAGAUCGAGGGCAGCUAUGCUGGGGCGCCCGUCUACCGCUACACCCGCUCCCAGUCCUUUGACAUCCUCGACAUCGACCAGAAAUGCUUCGUGCUGGAGUCGCCCACCCAGCUGGUGGCCCUGCACCUGCAGGGACCCUCUGCUGGGCGGAAAGUGAAGCUCAACAUUGCUCUGUACCGUCCCCGGUCAUCGCAGGGCGGCCCGGGGACCGGGCGGAUGCCAGUGGCGUUGGGCAUCAAGGGCUACCAACUCUACAUGUCGUGCGUGAUGAGCGGCUCCAAACCCGUGCUGCAGCUGGAGGUGAGCGGGGGGUCCCAACGGCUCCAUCCCCUGUGGGGCUGGGGGUUCCAUCCCACCCUGAUCCCCGUUUCACCCCCUUGGUUGCAGGAAGCUGACAUCAGGAGGGACAUCGAGAGCAUGGAGCUGACCCGCUUCAUCUUCUACCGCCUGGACAGCCCAGUCCAGGGGACCACCCGCUUUGAGUCGGUCGCCUUCCCCGGCUGGUUCAUCUGCACCUCCCUGCAGCCCCGCCAGCCCGUCGGCAUCACCAACCAGCCCGACCAGGUCAACAUUGCCACCUACGCGCUGAGCGGGCGCUGAGGAGCCCCCGCACCCAGUCCAACCCAACCGGCAGUCGCUGGUUUUCAGGCCGUAUGUACCAAGUACAGACCCCCCCGCUGGGAGCCCCAUCCUCCCCAUCUAUUUCAGGUGAAAUAGCAGCUCUGGGCCCCAUGGGCCCGAGUCACCCUGAUUUAUACGUAUUUAUUGUGUCUGUCCAAUGCUUUUAUAUUUAAUUAUUGUGUCCACCCCUUGCUUUUAACUUAUCUACAUUUUGUUGGAAAUACUGUGGUUUCUGUUAUCGGGAACGGGGGUAUUUGUUGGUGAUGGAGGUGGAAAUAAAGGUUUCCCAAGAUGACGUCGCUCAGCUCGUUGCUCUCAUGGGGGUUAAAUGAUGCGGGUGUGGUUUAUGGGUGGGAAAAUCCCGCUCUUUUGGGGGCUCUCCA